UGCUCGGUGCCGGAGAGAGCGCAGGGAGCCAGCCAGCGAGCGCUCGGAGCCCGGGCCAGCAGAGGGGGCGCCCGGCCGCUGGCUGCACUGCCCCCGCCGGCCGACUUCGCCGCUCUUGGGGGCCCAGGGAGGAGCAAGAGGCAGUCGGGGAGUCCCGGAGCCCAGCCGGAGAGACCCAACUGCGGAGGGCGCCCGCCCUGCGCCGGAGCCGAGGAGCGCCGGCUGACCGCCCCGCGGGCUGGAGAGCAGGGAGCUCAGGGUCUCCGCAGCGCCAGGGAUGGUCUAGGAGCCGGCGAGAGGUCCGCUGCUUGGCUCCCUGUCGGCGCUCGCCGCCUCCUGCCGAUCGCCUGGGGCUGCGAGCCGCGGGGCUGCGCGCCGGGGCGGCCCAGGCCGAAGUUAGUUGUGCGCGCCGCUCAGCGCGCAGAGCCAGCGAGCGAGCGAGCGAGCGAGGGAGAGAGGCAGCGAGGCGCCGGGACCAUGGGCUGGGGGAACCUCUGUGGCUGCCCGGGACGGCUGGACCUGCUGUGCGUGCUAGCGCUGCUCGGGGGCUGCCUGCUCCCGGUGUGCCGGACGCGCGUCUACACCAACCACUGGGCAGUCAAAAUCUCCGGCGGCUUCGCGGAGGCCGACCGCAUCGCCAGCAAGUACGGCUUCCUCAACAUAGGACAGAUAGGGGCCCUCAAGGACUACUACCACUUCUACCAUAGCAGGACGAUUAAAAGGUCAGUUCUCUCGAGCAGAGGGACCCACAGUUUCAUUUCAAUGGAACCAAAGGUGGAGUGGAUCCAACAGCAAGUGGUAAAAAAACGCACAAAAAGGGAUUAUGACCUCAACCGUGCCCAGUCUACCUACUUCAACGAUCCCAAGUGGCCUAGCAUGUGGUAUAUGCACUGCAGUGACAACACGCAUCCCUGCCAAUCAGAUAUGAACAUUGAAGGAGCCUGGAAGAGGGGCUACACGGGAAAGAACAUUGUCGUCACCAUCCUGGACGAUGGCAUUGAGAGAACCCAUCCGGAUCUGAUGCAAAACUAUGAUGCUCUGGCAAGUUGUGAUGUGAAUGGAAAUGACUUGGACCCAAUGCCUCGAUACGAUGCAAGCAAUGAGAACAAGCACGGGACCCGCUGUGCUGGGGAAGUGGCUGCCGCUGCAAACAACUCUCACUGCACUGUCGGAAUUGCUUUCAACGCCAAGAUCGGAGGAGUGCGAAUGCUGGAUGGAGAUGUCACAGACAUGGUGGAAGCCAAGUCGGUCAGCUACAAUCCUCAGCACGUGCACAUUUACAGCGCCAGCUGGGGCCCCGAUGAUGACGGCAAGACUGUGGAUGGACCAGCUCCCCUCACCCGGCAAGCCUUUGAAAAUGGCGUUAGAAUGGGGAGGAGAGGUCUUGGUUCUGUGUUUGUGUGGGCCUCUGGAAAUGGUGGAAGAAGCAAAGAUCACUGUUCCUGUGAUGGCUAUACCAACAGCAUCUAUACUAUCUCCAUUAGCAGCACAGCAGAAAGUGGAAAGAAACCAUGGUACCUGGAAGAAUGUUCGUCCACACUGGCUACAACCUACAGCAGUGGAGAGUCCUAUGAUAAGAAAAUAAUCACUACAGAUCUGAGGCAGCGUUGCACAGACAACCACACUGGGACAUCGGCCUCGGCCCCAAUGGCUGCGGGCAUCAUUGCACUGGCCCUGGAAGCCAAUCCGUUUCUGACCUGGAGAGACGUACAGCAUGUUAUUGUCAGGACAUCCCGUGCGGGACAUUUGAACGCUAAUGACUGGAAAACCAAUGCUGCUGGUUUUAAGGUGAGCCAUCUCUACGGAUUUGGAUUGAUGGAUGCAGAAGCCAUGGUGAUGGAGGCGGAGAAGUGGACCACUGUUCCCCAACAGCACGUGUGUGUGGAGAGCACAGAUCGACAUAUCAAGACGAUUCGCCCCAACAGUGCGGUGCGCUCCAUCUACAAAGCUUCGGGCUGCUCUGAUAACCCUAACCACCAUGUCAACUACCUGGAGCACGUAGUUGUGCGCAUUACCAUCACCCACCCUCGGAGGGGAGACCUGGCCAUCUACCUGACUUCACCCUCAGGAACCAGGUCUCAGCUUUUGGCCAACAGACUAUUUGAUCAUUCCAUGGAAGGAUUUAAAAACUGGGAGUUCAUGACCAUUCAUUGCUGGGGAGAACGAGCUGCAGGUGACUGGAUUCUUGAAGUUUAUGAUACUCCUUCUCAGCUGAGGAACUUCAAGACUCCAGGUAAAUUGAAAGAGUGGUCUUUGGUCCUGUAUGGCACCUCCGUACAGCCGUACUCACCCACCAAUGAAUUUCCUAAAGUUGAACGUUCCCGCUACAGCCGAGUGGAAGACCCCACAGAUGACUACGGUACAGAAGACUAUGCAGGUCCCUGUGAUGCUGAGUGCAGUGAGGUUGGCUGUGAUGGGCCGGGACCAGACCACUGCAAUGACUGUUUGCACUACUACUAUAAGCUGAAAAACAACACCAGGAUCUGUGUCUCCAGCUGCCCCCCUGGCCACUACCACGCUGACAAGAAGCGAUGCAGGAAGUGCGCCCCCAACUGUGAGUCCUGCUUUGGAAGCCACGGUGACCAGUGCGUAUCCUGUAAAUAUGGAUACUUCCUGAAUGAAGACACCAGCAGCUGUGUUACUCACUGUCCUGAUGGGUCAUAUCAGGACACCAAGAAAAAUCUUUGCCGGAAAUGCAGUGAAAACUGCAAGACAUGUACUGAACUCCAUAACUGUACAGAAUGUAGGGACGGAUUAAGCCUGCAGGGAUCCCGGUGUUCGGUCACCUGUGAAGAUGGACAGUACUUCAACGGCCAGGACUGCCAGCCCUGCCACCGCUUCUGCGCCACCUGUGCUGGGGCAGGAGCUGAUGGGUGCAUUAAAUGCACUGAGGGCUACUUCAUGGAGGAUGGGAGAUGCGUGCAGAGCUGUAGUAUCAGCUAUUAUUUUGAGCACUCUUCAGAGAAUGGUUACAAAUCCUGCAAAAAAUGUGAUACCAGCUGUUUGACAUGCAAUGGCCCAGGGUUCAAGAACUGUACAAGCUGUCCCAGUGGGUAUCUCUUAGACUUAGGAACAUGUCAAAUGGGAGCGAUCUGCAAGGAUGGAGAAUAUGUUGACGAGCAUGGCCACUGCCAGACCUGUGAAGCUUCAUGUGCCAAGUGCUGGGGGCCAACCCAAGAAGAUUGCACUGGCUGCCCCGCCACAAGGAUUUUUGAUAACGGUCGCUGCGUUUUGAGCUGUCCUUCACAGAAAUUUGAGUUUGACAACCAGUGCCAUCCAUGCCACCACACUUGCCAAGGAUGCCAAGGAAGUGGGCCUUCCAACUGCACCUUCUGUGGAGCAGACAAGCAUGGCCAGGAGCGCUUCUGGUACCUGGGGGAAUGUCGACAGAGCUGCCCAGCAGGCCACUACCCUGCAAAGGGGCACACCUGCCUGCCCUGCCCAGACAACUGUGAGGUUUGCCAUAGUCCACAGAUCUGCACGAGAUGCAUGAGCGGCUACUUCCUGUUGCCCACCAACCACACCUGCCAGAAAUUGGAGUGUGGGCAAGGUGAAGUCCAAGAUCCAGAUUAUGAAGAAUGUGUGCCAUGUGAGGAAGGAUGUCUGGGCUGCAGCGUGGAUGAUCCAGGAACCUGUAUAUCAUGUGCUACCGGUUAUUACAUGUUUGAGCACCGUUGUUAUAAAACCUGUCCUGAGAAGACCUACAGAGAAGAAUCAGGAUGCAAAGCAUGCGACACGCACUGUGGCAGCUGUGACCAGCGUGCGUGCUACUGGUGUGAGGAGGGCUUCUUUCUCUUCGGUGGCAGCUGCGUGAGGGAAUGUGUUCCUGGCUUCUACGGUGACCAAGACAUGGGGGAAUGUGAGCCCUGCCACCGAGCCUGCAAAACCUGCACUGGCCUUGGCUACGACGAGUGCAGCAGCUGCCGAGAGGGGCUGCAGCUGCUGCAUGGGAUGUGUGUGCGUCCUGCCCAGACCCAGGUGCAAGGCAAGUCCUGGAAAGCAGCUGUGCCCACUGCAAGCCCAUCUUUGAUGAAGACCCUGCUACAGGAGCGACGAAGGUGGAAGGUUCAAAUCAAAAGAGACAUCUGGGGCAGAUACCAACCUUGUGAUUCUUCUUGUAAAACCUGCAAUGGAUCUGCGACUCUGUGCACUUCAUGUCCAAAAGGUGCGUUUCUGGUGGAUCAGACCUGUGUUUCCUCCUGUCCCCAAGGCACUUGGCCCUCAGUGAGGAGUGGCACCUGUGAGACCUGUGCAGAGGGCUGUGCCUCCUGCUCAGGAACCAAUCGAUGCAAAGAGUGCCAGACUCAGCUGGACCAGCCCCUCUUCCUCCAUGAAGGCAGAUGCUACACCAAGUGCCCCGAGGGCUUUUAUGCAGAAAAUGGCAUAUGUGAGCACUGUAGCUCUGCUUGCAGAACCUGUGAAGGAAAUGCCACCAACUGCCACUCCUGUCACGCAGGCUUCGUCCUGGGUCACGGAGUGUGCCGGGAAACCUGCCCCGAGAGGCACGUGGCUGUGGAAGGUGUGUGCAAACAUUGCCCAGAGAUGUGUCAGGACUGCAUCCAUGAAGAAACAUGCAAAGAGUGCAUGCCUGACUUCUUCCUGCACAACGACAUGUGCCUCCAGGCCUGUCCCCCAGGCUUCUAUGAGGACUCGCGCCAGUGUGUCCCCUGUCAUGAAGACUGCCAGGAGUGCAAUGGCCCAAAAGCUGACGACUGCGAGCUCUGUGCGGAGUCUUCCUUGGUCCUCUAUGACGGGCUGUGUCUGGAUGAGUGCCCAGCAGGAACAUAUCAUGAGAAAGAGACUAAGACGUGCCAAGAUUGCCACACGUCCUGCCGGACCUGCUCAUCUCCUGGGACCUGCACGACCUGCCCAGAGGGCCUGAAGAUGAACAGACAUGGCAGCUGCGUGGCUCACAAGGAGUGCGCGCCCAUCGAGUACUGGGAUGAGGAGACCCACGAGUGCAGGCCAUGUCACUCCAAGUGCUACCACUGCACUGGGCCAGCCGAGGACCAGUGUCAUACCUGCCCAAGGGAAAGCCUUCUUCUCAAUACUACUUGCGUGGAGGACUGCCCAGAGGGGUACUACGCCGAUGAGGACAGCCACCGGUGUGUCCCCUGCCACAGUUCUUGCAGGACGUGUGAAGGGAGACACAGCAUGCAGUGCCUCUCCUGCCGAUCAGGCUGGCUCCAGCUGGGAAAAGAGUGCCUACUCCAGUGCAGGGAAGGAUACUACAGAGAAAACUCCACCGGCCAGUGUGAGAGGUGCAACAAGAACUGCAGGGCCUGUCAGGGCCCACGGCCCACGGACUGCCUGUCCUGCGAUACGUUUUUCUUUCUGCUGCGCUCCAAGGGAGAGUGUUACCGCACCUGCCCAAAGCAUUACUAUGCAGAACAAAGCACGCAGACCUGUGAGAGAUGCCACCCGACUUGUGAUACGUGCAAAGGAAAAGGAGCAUCAAGUUGCUUAUCCUGUGUGUGGAAUUACCAUCUCAUGGGAGGAAUCUGCAAUUCAGACUGUCUUGUUGGGGAAUACAGAGUGGGAGAGGGAGAGAAAUUUACCUGUGCAAAGUGUCACGAGAGCUGCAUGGAAUGCAAGGGACCUGGCGUCAAGAACUGCACCACGUGCCCUGCCAACCUGCUUCUGAACAUGGACGACAACCGCUGCCUCCGGUGCUGUAACGCCUCCGAUCCCGCUGACGCCCAUGAGUGCUGUGACUGCGAGGACACCACUGAUGAGUGCAUCCUUCGAAGACGUGAGGUGGGACCUGCGGCUGAGAGUUCCAAGCCGGCCCUGUUUAUCAGCUCCUCCGUCAUGCUGCUGCUGCUGCUUGGGACGACCGCGGUCAUCUGGAAGAAAUCUCGGGGCCGGGGCCGGCCAGCAGAAAAGGCUGGCUAUGAGAAGCUGGCGGAGCCUACCCGGUCUCACUCGUCCCGGACGAGCAGCUACCUAGAGAGCACUAGCUUUGAAGAGGAUCAGGUGAUCGAGUACAGGGACCGGGACUAUGAUGAGGACGAUGAUGAUGACAUCGUCUACAUGGGCCAAGACGGCACCGUCUACCGGAAAUUUAAGUAUGGGCUGCUGGAAGACGACGAUGACGAUCAGCUGGAAUACGACGAUGAGAGUUACUCCUUCCGGUAA